UAGUGAUGUAUGGAAGUGAGAGCUGGACCAUAAAGAAGGCUGAUCACAAAGAAUUGAUGCUUUUGAAUUAUGGUGCUGAAGGAGACUCUUGAGAGUCCCAUGGACUGCAAGAAGAUAAAACAUAUCCAAUUUGAAGGAAAUCAGCCCUGAGUGCUCACUGGAAGGACAGAUCCUGAAGCUGAGACUCAAAUACUUUGGCCACCUCAUGAGAAGAGAAGACUCCCUGGAAAAGACCCUGAUGUGGGAAAAGAUGGAGGGCACAAGGAGAAGGGGAUGACAGAGGACAAGAUGGUUGGAUAGUGUUCUUUAAGCUACUAACAAGAGUUUGACCAAACUUCCAGAGGCAGUGGAAGACAGGAGUACCUGGCGUGCUCUGGUCCAUGGGGUCAUGAAGAGUCGGACAUGACUAAAUGACUAAACAACAACAACCAGUUGUUCUUAACACAUGAACCAGAAGACCCUGCGCACUGUCAAAAAAUUCUUCAACAAUACAUUGAAAGAAUAUUAGCACACCUUGCACCCAUGCUGGUUUCCUAUAUUUGGCAAAGCCAACCAUUUAAUCUGAAGUACAAACCUGCCAAAGAACAUAUUCCUGCUCAUAUUGGUGGUCUCACAAAGUUUGGGGAUAAUAUUGAAGAUGAAUGGUUUAUUGUAUACCUUAUCAAGGUAAUUACAAAAGAGUUUCCAGAAUUAGCAGCCAGGGUGGACGAUAAGGAUCAUGCAAAUACGGCCGGCGGUCAGCCUGGCACCCCCUGGCAGGCGGUGUUCGCAUCCCUGACGCGCGGGUUUAUGCGAUCAGCGGGUGGCCGAGUGCUAAAAGAAACUCCACAACUUUGGGGUAUCCUCCCUUUAAAAAAAGCUCAGCAGCUCUGGGCAACGUUCCCAAAAAUUGCAAUGUGGGGGGUGACAAAAAAAAUUCACACCGGGUACCACCUGACCUUGCUACGCCUCUACUCAAGAGACAAUGUUGCAGAAGCAGUGGUGCAAACGAUAGAGCCACAGGAGGGGAGUGUUCUCCUGUGCUCAGAUCCUGCGUGUGGGUUUUCCACAGGCAUCUGGUUGGCCACUGUGAGAGAAGGAUGUUGGAUUAGAUGGGCCAUGGGCCCGAUCCAUCAGACUCCGGUUGUGUAAGGAUGUUCCGUUGUGCUAUGCAUAGAAUGGGGUUCCCACUCACAGACCCACUUUUCACGCAAACGGGCUGCUGCAAUUGGAGAUUGCCCUACACUUUCUCCUGCUUUCUGGAAACCCCAAGCACCAGUUCCCAAACAGACUGGCAGGUAAAUGGCAUGAGAAUGCCACCUUGGCAGCAGCGCACAGCUCUGUUGAGUCCCCAAGAAAUUCCUUCAGCUGUCAGGCUGUCACAGCCGAGCCAAGCAUUAUUCUGCUCAAAGACACAGUCCUGAUUAACACCUGGGCUGUCACUCUUCCUUACCUGGGAGGGAAGCAACAGGCUUGUUCGGCAGCUGUAGAGGUUAAAAUGAAGAGAAAGGUCCUGGAGGAAUACUUGCCAUUAUGCCUGUGUGGCUGCAAAAGCAGACAGAGCAUUUAAUGCCUCCCCCUCCCUCCCCAAGCCCAUUUCUCUUGGGCACGCUGUCGGAGAUUGUUAAGACAGGGCUCAUAGAAAUAACGGAAUAGCAAAUGAAGGAAGUUCAGAGUUGCCAUGAUGAAAACAAGAGGUAGUAAUGAACAAUUUAUUCUGGUGAGCCGAGUCACAGGGGAUGGCCGAUCUGCUGGAUAGAUGAGAUUUUAGGAGGAGCUGCCUGCAUAGCUUUGCCACCAUGAGGGGAAGAAACCUAGGUUGGGAGGACUUCCGGGUUGGCGCCUCUGGCAAUGGCGGAUUUCCUCCGAUCGGGAGGAAUCCGCUCCGUGGAAAACAGGGUCUGAACCGCCACGGCGAGGCGGAGACCCAUCAAAAACCACAGGCAGGAGAAGCCUGUGGACGUGGGAUUCGGCCGGCACCUUUGCGCCCCCCCUACUCGCGGGGAAACCCGAUUUCGGGGUUCUGGAGCGACGUGGGGUGAGUAGUGCGGUGCCUUGAAUCGACUGCUUCUUUCACGGAGUGAAGCCGCAUUGCUGUUGCCGGAGAGCGCUGACUUUUUCCUGUGGACAAUUGGAGCUUAAAUAACUGUCCGUGAGUAGAACGGAAAAUUGGAAUAAGAAAUUUCUUUUAAUUUGGCACUGAAGCGGGAAGGUAUAAACAGGAAGUCUGCCUUCUGCUUUUUGUAAAUAGAUUGAAGCAAAGACACAGCAAGCUACAGCUUAGAAAAUCGUCUGUAAAGGAUCAAUUUUCAUCAUUUAAAAUUACUGAACCCCCCUUGGAAGCAGGAGAAGAGGGGGAUCUUUUUCUGGACUGAUUAAACUUGUAGAAGACAAGUAAAGAAAAGCAAUUCUCCACCGUCCUGAACCUGGGAGCGGGGUGUCAGGACAGACGUCUUCGGGAAGUUCAUUGACUAUAGACAAACGUUUUUGACAGAUAGUUAAAAGAAGAGAAACAUAUUGAUUCCAUUGUUCCCAUUCGCAUCUAAAAGGAACAAAAUAUUGACAAAAUAUCUGAAAAAGGAAACUUUGUUGUUAGAUUUGCUUUAAAAAAAAAGAUAGAGAUGGAUACAAAUAGAAGCUUUUCCCCCUAGAGGGAGCUUGUGAAACUGUUAUUAAAUCCGAACUGGGGAGCUUUGCAGCUGCAAUAGAUUAAGAUUGUGGGACCAGACUUUGACCUUCAACAAGAAUGUACUCAGAGGCUCUGGUGUUGGCUUUUUGUAAGACAAGUGCUUUAUUGGAACAGUUACAUGAGAAGAUGGAUUUGAUGACUGUUGGGAUCGGAAAGUUUGGACAGGCAGUGGGUACCUAUAUAGAACCCACUCAGGAAUUAAUUCAGGAGUGUGCUUUGACAGAUCAGAUGAGGGAGGAGGUUGUUGCUGGACCUAGUGAGGCAGAGAUGGAGGGAACUGUGGCCCAGCAGGAACAGGAGUUGUUGGACUUGACAAAUGAACCUGGAAAAAGCCAUAUUUGGAGAGACAGAGUUCUGUUUGGCUUGGAAAUGGGGGGCUGGAUAGACCCCCCUAUGCAGGGAUGUUUUGACCUUUCAAGUCUGGCUUUGGGCCAGGAGGCGUUCGGAGUUGUGCAGGCCCUUAAUUUUGGAGGGACUUUGAAACAUGCUUUUAAAUACCACAUGGAGUUCAGUGUUGACUUUGGAAAAGGGGCUGAUCUGUCGAGAAGGGACAAAAACAUUGUCAACCUGGAGUCUCCCUGCAUGGAGGAAGUACCUGGUUUCCAGUUCCUCCAAGUUCUUAUAUUGUUGUUGUUGUUUAGUCGUUUAGUCAUGUCUGACUUGGUGACCCCAUGGACCAGAGCCCCUGUCUUCCAGGCCCUCCUGUCUUCCGCUGCCUCCCGCAGUUUGGUCAAACUCAUUUUGGUCGCUUUGAGAACACUGUCCAACCAUCUGGUCCUCUGUUGUCCCCUUCUCCUUGUGCCCUCCAUCUUUCCCAACAUCAGGGUAUUUUCCAGGGAGUGUUCUCUUCUCAAGAGGUGGCCAAAGUAUUGGAGCCUCAGCUUCAGGAUCUGUCCUUCCAGUGAGCACUCAGGGCUGAUUUCCUUCAGAAUGGAUAGGUUUGAUCUUCUUGCAGACCAUGGGACUCUCAAGAGUCUCCUCCAGCACCAUAAUUCCAAAGCAUCAAUUCUUCGGCGACCAGUCUUCUUUAUGGUCCAGCUCUCACUUCCAUACACCACUACUGGGAAAACCAUAGCUUUUACUAUACGGACCUUUGUUGGCAAGCUGAUGUCUCUACUUUUUAAGAUGCUGUCUAGGUUUGUCAUUGCUUUUCUCCCAAGAAUAUAAACCUCGCCCCCCACAAUGCUUUGCCUUAUGAGACUUCUUUGUGGGUGUUAGGGCCACGAGGGUAGCUCAGAGCACCUGUUUUGCAUGCAGAAGGUCUAAAGGUUCAAUCCCCAACAUCUCCAGAUAGACCUUGGAAUGUCUCCUGCCUGACACUCUAGAGAGCUGCUGUCAGCCAGUGCUGACAUUACUGGGCUAGAUGAGCCAAUGGUUUGACUCGGCAUACGGCAGCUUCCUCUGUUCCUUUGAUGGAGAAAACAUUUGUGAACAGCUGUCACAGACCAUGAGCAGUGUGGCUCAUAACCUGAGGCAGUAUGAAUAAUGCAAACAAAAUGCCUCUCAUCGAAACAGGAAGUGGGUUUUGUCCAUACUGUGACACCAGGCAGUACAAAUGCCAAUAGCUGACAGUUUCAUACACCUUUCAUAUUCUGCAUAAUAAUAUCCAAAGCACCAUCUGGUGUCCAUAGAUGAGGGCUCCUGAACUCAACACACGAAUUCUUACAGCAGUAUUGAUGGAACUGGAUAUUUUCCACGAUUUUCAAUAAGUUUGGCAGAGAGGUGCCUUUUCUUUCUUUUUUUAACUUCCUAAGGAACAGGUCCCAGAAUUAAAAUUAGAAAUAGCGAUUUGGAAUGAGUGGCUUAGGAAGAAUAAAGCCCUCUACCCUUUGGUAAGGUGUCCCAAUUACUGCACGAGAUGAGCCAAACUCCCCUUUGAAAUCUGGCUCUGUUUGUAGUCAAGUUGCCGCGCCAAUUCCUCUUUUACAGCUCCUUUCCCAAAAUCAUCUGUGGAAUUGGGGGCAGGGAGGGGGGAGGAUGGCAGUCAAAAACAUUUGGGGCAGUCAGUGGCCCAUUUUUAGCUUCCAAGUGUUGGUAAAAAAUGUAGACUUUGGGGGAAUCUUUGGCAAUAGGGCGAAGGAGGAGAGCAAGUGGAAGGUUAGAUAUGGCAGAGGCCUGGCAAAGAAGCUUCAGAUUGAUCUUUGCCUUGAUCUCUAGUGGGUAGGAAGUCCAAUGGAGCUUUCCCUUAGUAUUCUGAGAAAGACUUGGCCAUCUCAGAAGAGCCUGUGGGGUCAGGCCAAUGGCCCAUGUAGCCCAUCCAGCCUCACAUUGGCCAACUAGAUGCCUGUGGGAACUCUACUAGCAGGAGCUGAGCACUGCAGCCCACCUGCAGAUUCCCAGCAACUGAUAUUUGGAAAUAUCACUGCCUUCCAACCAUGGGGGCAGAGCAUAGCCAUCAUGGCUAGUAGCCACCAAUAGCCUUAAGCAGCUCAGGACCGCAAUACCUCAAGGACUGCCUCUUUCCAUAUGAACCUACCCAGACCCUGAGAUCAUCUUCUGAGGCCCUCCUUUGUGUGCCUCCUCCUCGAGAGGUGCAGAGGGUGGCGACACAAGAACGGGGCCUUCUCUGCAGUGGCUCCUCAUCUGUGGAAUGCUCUCCCCAGGGAUGUUUGCCCGGCACCUUCAUUAUACACCUUUGGCGCCAGGCAAAAACGUUCCUUUUUAACCAGGCCUUUGGUUGAUCUGUUUCACAUCCUAUACCCUUUUAAAAUGUGGCUCUUUCCUGGGGUGGGGGGUUAUUGGGUUGUUGUUUUUAUUCUGAUUAUAUAUAUUGUGAUCUUUUCUGUGAACCACCCUGAGACCUCCGGGUUUAGGGCG